UUCAUUCAAUUUCAAUUUUAAUUUUGGGGCCAACAUUCAUCCAUCAAUUCAAUCGUCUUCUUCUUCUUCUUCUUUGUCUUCUCGUAAUUCACACUUUUCAACAGCAGCGUAAAACCCACUUAAUUCCCUCUCCAAUUUCGCAUUUUGGGUUAUCAAUUUCGUGUCUUUAUCUCGUCAAAUUCGAUAAAUCAAAGGGGAAUUUCCAGCUUUUGUUCAGAUUAGGAUCGAAUUUUGCAUUCUGUUUGCGGAAAUUGGUGUUUUUGGUUGGUGAAUUUUGACAAUUUGAUCUGGAUUGAAUUAGGGUUAGGGUUAGGGUUUAGAGAGGUUUUUUUUUGUAUGAAGAAUGUUGAUGUGAAUAUAUGAUUGACAUUGUACGGGUUUUGAAGAAUAUGAUGGAUUCAGUUUGUCAGUUAAAUUAGGGUUUUUUGGAUUGGAUUAAAUAGCAAAAUGAUUUCGGCUUCGCCGAAUUCGAUAGCUCGGAGUUCGUUAGAGGAAAUGCUCGAUUCGCUUCGUCGGAGAGACGAGGCGGAGCACUCGAGGGACUUGCCGCCGGCGUUGCCGUCUCGGCCGACAUCGAAAGCGCGUCUACCGAAGCGGUUGAUACAGGCAAAGCUUGCUAUGGAACAUGCUGUGUCUUAUGACUCAAAUAAGAAUAAGAACAAGAAACCCGAGGUUAAACUCGUUACGGGUGGCAGCGGUCGUAGUUUCGGCGAAAAGAAAGAAGCUGCAGCUGUUGGCGAUCAAAGAUUGUCGGAGAAUGGUGGCGCGACUCUUGCCACUUCGCCGGAGACUGAAUGGAAUCACAUUAUCAAUCAUUUCGCUAAAAACAAACUUGGAGUAUGGUGUAAGCCGCCCCAAAAGGAUCUAUGGGAAUUCGUAAAGAUCGAAGAAACCAUGGGUGAAGAAGUAUCUGUUGUGCUUUCCGACGGAAGUGCGAUCACGAUAUCUACAGGAGAGAUCUUACCUGCAAAUGAAAAAAAUCUUGAUGACGUAGAUGAUCUUGUCGAACUUUGUUAUUUAAACGAGCCGUCAGUUCUUCAUAAUCUUAAGUAUAGAUACAGCCGUGAUGUUAUUUACAGUAAGGCAGGGAACGUUUUAUUAGCGGUAAAUCCGUUCAAAGAAGUCAAAAUAUAUGGAAAUGAUUUCGUCACAGCUUAUAAAGACAAGAAGUCGAACAAGCCUCAUGUAUACGCUACGGCUGAUGCGGCAUACCGUGAUAUGAUGAAAGAUGGUGGAAAUCAAUCUAUCAUUAUCAGUGGUGUAAGUGGAUCUGGGAAGACCGAAACAUCGAAAUUUGCAAUGCAAUAUCUGACAUCAGUUGGAAGCCAGAAUAAUAAUAAGAUAAAAAACAAAUUGAUACAAGCCAACUGUAUACUGGAAGCCUUUGGGAAUGCAAAAACAUCGAAAAAUUUGAAUUCCAGCCGAUUUGGGAAAUUAAUUGAUAUUAAUUAUAACGCAGAGGGGAUAAUAAGCGGCGCUUCUAUUCAAGCACUGCUUCUAGAAAAGUCAAGGGUAUCUCGAUUACGCCGUGGGGAACGAUCGUACCAUAUAUUCUAUCAGAUCUGUGCGGGGGCACCACCUAUUCUUAAAGAUAUGCUGAGUUUAAAAAUGGCGAGCGAGUACAAGAUUCUAAAUCAGAGUGGGUGCUUGAAAAUUAAUGGCGUUGAUGAUGCCGACAACUUUAUAAUGCUAGUGGAUGCCUUUGAUACGUUUGGGAUUCCUCAUGAGGUUCAAGAAAGCGUAUUCGAAUUGGUUGCCGCAAUUUUAUGGCUCGGGAAUAUUUCGUUUGUAGUAAUUGAUAAAGAAGAACACGUUGUGCCUAAGGCUGAUGAAGCUAGUCGAAAUGCUGCUCGGUUAAUGGGCUGCAAGACGGAUGACCUCAUUGAUCUCCUCUCCACCAACCGAAUCCACAACACGACAACGCCAUUGACAUUACAACGGGCAACUGUUAAAAGAGACGCAUUGGCAAAAUUUAUUUACGAUAGCUUGUUUAAUUGGCUCGUGGAAGAAAUUAAUACAUCACUCAAAGGAGACGAACAGCAUGCUCGACACACCAUAAGCAUUAUAGAUAUUUAUGGAUUUGAGUCGUUUCAGAAAAAUAGCUUUCCGCAGUUGUUGAUAAACUAUGCUGAUGAGAGAUUGCAACGACACUUCAUUCACCAUCUUUGUAAGCUUGAACAAGAGCAAUAUGAAUUGGACGGAAUUCACUGGAAAAACGUAGAGUCUGAAGACAACGAAGAGUGUUUGGAUCUUUUUGAGCAGAAUCCCACGGGGCUAAUAUCGAUACUCGAUGAGGGUUCAAAUUCCUCGAAAGCGACAGAUGAGACAUUUACCGACAAAAUUAAAAAACACCUGAGUUCUAAUUCACGCUUUAGCUGUGAAAAGGGGACGUUUAGGAUUCGCCAUUUUGCGGGAGAGGUUCCGUAUGAUGCUUCAGGGUUGUUGGAACAAAACAGCGAUAAACUGCAAUUCGAUAUUAUCCAACUUUUGUCGUCUUGUAAAAAACCUUUGAACCAUUUGGCAUCGGGUCUCGUGAAGCAGGACCAAACAACCAGUCAAAGUGCUUUCGUAAAGUUCAAGGAUCAUCUAUAUAAAAUAAUUGAGCAAUUGGAGAAUUCAAAGCAACAUUUCAUUCGAUGCAUCAAACCGAAUAUCAAACAACUUGCUGGAAAUUUCGAAAACGGUAUCGUUUGGGAGCAGCUAAAACACAGCCAAGUUAUGGAUAUUUUGCAAAUAUCAAAAUCAAGAUACCCAAUAAGCUUCACACAUCAAGAAUUUGCUACCCGGUUCGGCUGCCUUUUGUCACACAAUCUUAUUUCUACGGAUCCAUUGCGUACAUCGGUUGCUAUUCUUCAGCAUUAUCGUGUCCCUACGCAAACGUAUCGAGUUGGAUCUACAAAACUAUUUUUCCAAGGACAAGUUGAUGUGUUGGAGAAUUUGAGACAAGAAGUUCUAGAAGGUACACGUGUAGUGGAAAACGGUUUCCUUGACAGCCAAGUUGUUCCCGAAUCCGAUGAAUGGACGUUUGGAAUUGUGACAUUGCAGUCAUUUGUUCGUGGUGAAAACGCGAGAAGGGAGUUUAACGUUUUAAAGAAACAGAAUAAGGGGAAUGCGUUAAGCUCACUUGAUGAGCAUAUGACAACAAUUGUAAAUUUACAAUCAGUGGUUCGUGGGUGGUUGGCUCGAAAGUAUUUUAAUCACAUGCAGAGAUGGAAACAAGCAGCCAUUGAUAGCUCGGAAAGCAGGCGAAGGUCCGACAGUACAAAUUCAGAAUUGAAGGGCUCUUCACAAGAAAAUAUUGAAGACUUGCAGAAACGAGUAGCGAAGGCAGAAUCAUUGUUGAGAGAAAGAGAUCUUGAAAAUACGGCUUUACGGGAACAAGUACGACAAUUUGAAGCGCGGCUGUCUGAAUAUGAAAACAAAACGAAGGCUGUUGAGGAGAUGUGGCAAAGCCAGAUGGCAACUUUACAAAUGAGUCUCUCUGCAGCCAAGAAAACUCUCGGUUCAGGCAUUUCCGACGGGCAAACCGGAAGACCCGAUGGGUCAGCGUCACCCAAUUAUUAUGAUUCCGAAGAUAACAUAUCAGGAAUUCCAACUCCUGUACAAAUGACACCACUCCGAUCUGGACAUAACAGACGAGAAAACGGCGUUAUUUCCAACACGGUUGAUUACUUAUCUAAAGAAUUCGAGCAAAGAAAACAGACUUUCGAUAACGACGCUAAAGCCGUUAUCAACGUGACUCCCGGACGCCCGCCUUCUUCAAAACAGAUCGAAGAUUAUAAAAGUUUAAAAAAGAAAUUUGAGAUUUGGAAAAAGGAGUACAAGCAUCGGUUACGAGAGGCCAAAACAACGCUUGUGAAUGCCGAAAGUGGCGGCGGCGGUGGUGGUGGUGCUAGCGGUGGCGGUGAUAGGCGGGGGAGACACUGGUGGGGGAAGUUAAGUAGUAAGAGAGGGAAAGAGAGAGCAGUGUGAAGUUACUAACUCGCCCCUACGCAUAUGACGUAUAUACAUUUUGAAGAUAACUGUUAAACGUUGGUGGGUUGUAACUUGUAACUGCCCCUGUGAUACUGGACCAUUUUUGUGGCGUUGGUCGAGGCGUGGAGUUGUUUGCACGUGACUACGGCUCGUAGUGUGCGGGUUUAUUUUAACGAACCGAGCGGUUGGUGCGGGCCCAUUUUGUGUAUAAAGUAGGUCUGUUGAGUGUGUGGGUUUUGUUGUUUGUUGUCCAAAUUUUGUAUUAUAUGGAACAGACUACUUAUAUGGUGUUUGUUUUUAAAGUUAUAAAAAAAAAACCUAAGUUUGUCCA